AUGAGUGCGAGAUUCUUCGAAGAUUUCCUUCCCCAACAGGGACUAUGCAAAUGCGUUUGUCAAUUCAGAAGAGCUAAACAAAUGUGGAUUGCAAGCCCAUAUUCUCAAACUGCCACACUACCAAGCGUUACAGAAACAACAAAGUAUGUGCGAGAUGUGGAAGUAAGUACCUCAAUAAAAGAGCAUAAAUGCAAUGAAAGUGAAAUGCCUACAUUGUUAAAAUAA